GCUCAGGCUCAGGCUAGUUAGUCGGGGUGUUACAGGCGCUAGCACAGAGGACCGGCCCGGGAUGCGGCUUCCAGGCUCCCGCGAGUGUGGAAAAUCGCGGCUAGCGGCCUGUAAGACACUAUCCCUAGGGGCUGCACGGCAGGCUCUGCUCAAGUAUAGCUCUACAAGAGCUAUAUAUGCCAAGGACCCUUGCUGCUCCCAAAGCUAUAUAGUUGCGGUGGCUCGUCCGCUCGCGCGCGAAAACCGACGACGGACACAACAAGACCCAAAAAGUCCGCCAGUGCUCUCCGAUAAGAGGCGGACGCGCGCCGUUCAUGCGCCGCGCGGUCCUCCUCGCCUCGCUCACGGCGAAAGCGCGCGCGCUGUCCGCCGGCAUGGGCGGCGCUUCCGCCCAGCAAGUGACGCUGCUCGGGCAAGACGCGGCCAUAGCUCUAGACGAGGACCUCAUGCGCACGCCGGGCUUUUCGGUGGACCAGCUCAUGGAGCUCGCCGGUUUAUCCGUCGCGUGCGCCGUCAAGGACGCCUACCCCGACGCGUCGUCCGUUUUAGUCGUCGCGGGGCCCGGCAACAACGGCGGCGACGGGCUCGUCGCGGCCCGCCACCUGCGGCACUUCGGCGUGGCAAAGGUCGACGUCGUCUACCCCAAGCAGCCGAAGAAACAGUUGUUCGCGAACCUCGUCGCGCAGUGCACCGAGGUCGACGCGCCCGUCAGCGCCGCGCCGCCGGCGCCCCUGGCGACCUACGACGUCGUCCUCGACGCCGUCUUCGGGUUUUCGUUUCGCGGGGCGCCUCGGCCGCCGUUCGACGCGUUGCUGGAGGCGCUGGCGACGACGACGGCGCCCCUCGUCUCCGUGGACACGCCGUCGGGGUGGCACGUGGAGCGGGGGCCCCCGGACGCGGGCGCCGUCCUGCGGCCGGCCGUGCUCGUGUCGCUCACCGCGCCGAAGAUGUGCGCCGCGUGCUUCCGGGGGCGGCACUACGUCGGCGGGCGCUUCGUGCCGCCCUUCAUCCGGGAGAAAUACGACCUACGGCUGCCGCCCUACCCCGGCGUGGCCCAGAUUCAAGAGCUCGAGGCGUGGGGGGCCGACGGCGAGGGGUAACACAACCAUUAAGAGAACUUGACUCGGA